AUGGAGCUGGAGAAGUUCUACCGAGAAGAUCAUGCCUUCUACAAGUUCAUAAUUGGCGAUUUCAACGCUAAGGUUGGCCCAAGAAGAACGACGGAGGAACUUCACAUCGGGACCCACGGCCUACAAUGGAAUGACCAGGGAGAUAUGCUCUCCGAGUUCAUCAUGACGACUAAGACCAUCCAUGGGAACUCGCAAUUCCAGAAGCCCUCCUCUCUACGCUGGACGUGGGAGUCACCCGGUGGAGGGUACCGUAAUGAAAUAGACCACAUCAUCGUCAAUAAAAGGUUCUGCCUGACGGACGUCGGUGUUGUACCAAAGUUCUAUACGGGAUCGGACCAUCGCCUCCUCCGAGGAUGA